UCUUUCUAUCUCCCUUACUUAUAUAUAUUUUUUCGGUAGCUACAAGGGAUAUCAUAUUCUAGUCCGUGAACUCAUUUUACAACAAUGGAGAGAAGCAAAAUACAAGGGCUUUAUGAUAUCUGCACUGAAGUCUUCUCGGACAAAGAACCCCCGACCUUCCAAAAGAUUCAAUGGUUGAGAAGUUUCUUAGAUACAAUAGAAGCCAUAGACGUAGGGAUCGACGAAUUCGACUCAGAAGGAUCUCCGCGUUCAUGGGUUAGUUGUCCUUCAAGUCCAGAGGGUUCCAGGGGAUUGAUUUCUGGGUUAGCAGUCACCGAGAUUACCUACAUUCACAUCUACGAAUCUGACGAUUUUUCGAUUGGCAUCUUUUGCUUCCCGGCGGGAAGCUCGCUUCCCUUGCACGACCAUCCCGGAAUGACGGUGCUAAGCAAGGUUUUGUACGGCUCCGUCUAUUGCAAAGCUUACGAUUGGCUGAAAGUAGACACGGCUAAUUGCAGAAUGAUUGGAUUAGCGAGUACGGUGAUGGAAGGCAUCAUCAAAGCUCCAAAACAAGCUUCCGUUCUAUUUCCCAGGAGUGGUGGAAACAUACAUUCCUUCACUGCAUUGACUCCUUGCGCCAUCUUGGAUGUCUUGUCUCCGCCUUACUCCGACGAGUUCGGGAGGCCGUCGACUUACUUCUCAGAUAUCCCUAUUCCUUCUCUUCCCGGUUAUGUAAUAUUGGAGGAGAGAGAUUUGCCUGAGGAUCUAGUUGUCACUGGGGCACCCUAUCUCGGCCCCCAACUCGUCACUGACGACGUGGAUGUGUGCUGACGACCAGCGCCUAGGAUCUUCAAAUAACGAUCUCAUCAUGUACAUGUUUGCUGUAUAGACAUAACUUCCUUUAGAGGGAGUGAGAGAGACAGAGAGACGGACAAAGACCAGAGUCCAUCAGGACAGGGAGUAGGGGUCGGCUUAUCUGUGUAAGAGUAAGAUCAGAUGAUAGUUCAUGGUGCAAACAAGGAGACAAUUAAUAUAGGAAUUGAUCCACUAUUAGCUCUUUUGUUUGUAAUAAAUUAAGCUGGUCUCGGGCGUUGUAUUGAACUUUGGAGAUGGAAACGUUUUGGGACUGGGCUGGGGCUGAGGCUGCAUCCACAGAAUAGAUUCCAAAACAAAUUUUGGCAAAAAUCUGCUUCAGUCAUGUGCUUAGGCUCACAGGAGAAACGCAAAAGGGUUGUAACCACUUGCCAGGUCACCGAUUCAAUUUCAAUCUGUAUUCACUUUGUA